ACUAUUCAUUCUCUCAUUCCUAGACGUACGAUGCUCAUCACACAGCCUUAGGAAGUCCCUGUUCGGUCCACAACUCAACUGACUAAGCCUCCAUUUCGAAUCUAUUUCAAAGCGCCAUUAUGGGGCCCUCGCAGUUGACUGACCCGGUCACCAUCGAGUUCCCUCCUGUUUCUGCUGCGGAGCGCACUGAAUUCGUCCAUGAUAUUGUCAACGUUGUGAACAAGUCGUAUACCGAGACCGAGGGCGACAUCUUCUUACCAGGAUAUCAACGAACAAGUCCUCUUGAAGUGGCGGACCUCAUUCGCACCGGCCGGCUCGCCGUUGCGUUUCAAAGCCCCGCAAAAGAGCCGGUUGGAUGUGUCUCUUUGAAGAGCGUGUCGCCGACGCAAAAUUCCUUCGCCAUGCUGGCACUGAGUCCGGCCUACCGAGGUUUAGGGCUCGGGAAGAAGCUGGUCCAAUUCGUCGAGGAGCAUAGCCAGUCACAGGGAUGCAAGGUGAUGCAGCUCGAGCUUCUUGUUCCCACCACCUUUGAGCAUCCCUUCAAGAGAAGAAUUCAGGCUUGGUACUCGAAGAUGGGCUAUCAAGUCGUCAAAGUGGGACAGUUCGAGGAAGAUUAUCCAGCCAUUGCCCCGCUGCUUGCAGGCCCGGCCGAGUACAGGAUAUCGGAGAAGGCGUUGGUAUAAUGAGCAGGGAUUAGGAUAAGAUCAAUUGGUUGGUUGGCUGGCUGAGGUUGAUUGUUUGUCGCGUGGUAGGUAGACUGAGGCGAAGACAGUUAAUUGCAAAGGGUUACUUUUUUUUGGUUGAGAUGUUCAGUAAUACGCCCCCUCUCACGCAAACUCAACUAUGCGUCGACUGGGAC